GGAAAAUAAUUAUAGCAUGAACUUGUUCGAACACGAGAUCGAUCAGAGUUUUAAAAACAAGUUCAGUCGCGAAGGUCAACAUUAGGUAGAAUUGGUCAAACAGGUUGUCUAGUUUACUUGGAUUAAUACUUUCAAUCAUUAAAAUGAGUGUCUGUGUUUAUGGAAUAGAACCUAUGGAGUUUGCCUUCCCAGAAGAAGACUUAGCCAUUUCAAGUUCAAAUGCCAUAGAUACAAAAUUUGAUGAGGCUGUAGGCCAUAUAGAAGACAUUAUAAUGGAGGAUGAAUUCCAGACUUUACAGAAUGAUUUUAUGGAAAAAUAUUACCUUGAAUUUGAGGACACUGAAGAAAACAAAUUCUGUUACACAGAUAUACACAGGGAAUAUAUAGAACUUAUAGAAAAAUACCUUGAAGAAGAAUUAUCCAAGAGGAUAGAAAAUUUUUCCAUGGGGGAGUUUACCAAAACAAUCAUGGAACGCAAAAAUGAACUUGAAGGUGAAAUCUUCGAGAUGCUUCUGACCUUCAGCGACUUUAUGUCUUUCAAAGAAAUGUUCCUGGAUUACAGAGCUGAGAAAGAGGGGCGCAAUGUUGAUUUGAGUAUGGGAAUCACUGUUACUUCCAUGCACGGUGGUCCCGAUUUUGAGGAUGAUGAUGACCACGAUAUGAACGAUCAUGACAUGCACUUUGGUGGAGGAUUGUCGUUAACUGGACAUUCAUUUGGACAACAACACUGAUACCUAGAAGCCUUUAGUCCUUUUAUUUCAAAUCUUUUUUUAGUGAAGUUGCUUUAUGUACAAAUGUAAUAUAAUGUCAAGUAUCUUCAGUUUACCGUCCAAGUACACAUUUUUACCUCUACCUCCGUCCCAAAUUUUGAAUCUUGUACUUUUUAACUCUCUUGCCUUUUUUUUUUUACUACUGGCUUGAUAAUGAAGUUUUCCUCCAAAUGUAAUGGACAUUUUAACAUGAAUUUGCAUUUGACUUUGCAUGUACAUAUGGUAAUGCAGAAUGUACUCGGUACAUGUACAUUUCAGUCAGGUGUUUAGUAUGCAUAGUAUGGUGGAACUGCAGAAUAUAAUCUAAGCACUACAUGAUUCUGUACACAUAGUCAGGUUAAUUCAAAAUAACAUAUUUGAUUGUGUUCUGAGUAUAAAUAUCAUGUUUUUGUAUACAAGUUAGUACAAUGGUAUAGGCACAUAUGCAACACUAGUAAAUGUAUCAAGUCAAUUCAUUAUUCAUGAUUUACCAUUACUUUUAUUUCUCUAUUUAUUAUAAGUCCAUCCACAGGUUUUUGAAGACAUUGAAAAUGUGUUUAGAAGGAAUGUCCUGUGUUAUUUCGUGGGCGUAAUUGUAAUUUACAUAUAUGUAACAUUCCUAUUGAGGCUAUUGUAAAAUGUACAUGCUGUAAGUGUAUUACUGUUUGAAGGAUGUGAUGUUUCAAUGGACUGAUUUAAAGUGCUCUGUAUCAAUUGUUUUUUUUUAUAUGAAAGUAAAGAAAUAAGAAUUGAGGUUCUUUCCCCAAAAAUACCAAGUUUGCUUCAUGAUCUGCUAUAUUAAUUUUUUUAUGUCAGGCUCAAGUAUUUUUACUACAAAGUACAUUUCGUAAUGAUCACAACUUUAAUGUUAUUCCAUAACACGGUAGUAGCUAUAUAUAACACAUAAUAUAAAAGUUUGUUGUCUCUUUCUGUUUAAUUUAUCAAUAUUGCUGCUUGUGAAAGAGGAUGAGAGAAUAUAUAAUGGUUGUCAUUUUAUGUUAUGUUGUGUGAGAUGACUUUAUAUGAGAGGGUGCAUUGAAUAAUAUGAGUGGUUUGAAAAUGAGUUGGUGAAAAUUAUUAUUUGUCUUGUGUGGUCACUGUUUAUCUCUUUUAAGCAAAAAAGAUUAUUAUUUAUUGGAACAGUUUUGAUAUUAAAAACAAAAAAUCACAAAUGAA